AUGGUGUUGUGGAUGCACGAGUCUCCUCCUCUACUCAUCAACCAGCAAGAGAUGGAGACCUCACGUUGCAAAAGAUUGAAUUCUGUCAACUUCCACACCUGGAUCUCCAUUCCCUUCUGCUUUCUCUAUGCAACUGCCCUGUCAGGGAACAGCCUGAUUCUCUUUGUCAUUAUCACCCAGCCCAGCCUCCACGAGCCCAUGUAUUACUUCCUCUCCAUGCUGUCCACCACUGACCUCGGGCUCUCCAUCUCCACUCUGGCCACCAUGCUGGGAAUAUUUUGGUUCAAUGCCAGGGAGAUCAGCUUCAAUGCCUGCUUGUCACAGAUGUUCUUCAUUCAGCUCUUCACUGUCAUGGAAUCCUCAGUGCUGUUGGCUAUGGCUUUUGAUCGUUAUGUGGCCAUCUCCAACCCUCUUAGAUAUGCUUCAGUUUUAACUGAUGUUAAAAUAGUAGUAAUUGGAGUAGCAAUCAUCACUCGGGGAACCCUAAUCCAGACUCCCCUUGCAGUGCUCCUGAAAAGAUUGUCCUUCUGCAGCAGCCAUGUGCUCCACCACUCCUACUGUUUCCACCCCGAUAUCAUGAAGCUCUCAUGCACAGACACCAGGAUCAACAGUGCAGUUGGGCUCACUGUCCUGAUCUCUACUGCUGGAGUUGACUCUGUCUUUAUCAUCCUCUCCUAUGUCCUGAUCAUCAGAACUGUCCUCAGCAUUGCUUCCCCAGAAGAGAGGAAGAAAGCCUUCAGCACGUGUAUCUCUCAUAUUGGGGCUGUGGCUGUGUUCUAUAUUCCACUGAUUAGUCUGUCCUUUGUCCACAGAUUUGGGAAACGAGCUCCACCAUAUGUCCAUACUCUGAUUGCCAAUGCCUACCUGCUGAUCCCUCCUGUCAUGAACCCCAUCAUCUACAGCGUGAAGACCAAGCAGAUACGGAAGGCUGUGCUGAAAGUUCUCCAUUCUAGUAUGACAAAGAGCUAG